AUGAACAUAACGAAAGAUUUAUACAAAAAUCAACUGGAAAAAAUCGCCCUAUCUCAUGAUCAAAAGCAUGUGGGUUUCUAUCGUCUACUUGGCCAACUGUACGAUAAACAGAUGGCACUGGUGAUCGGCCCGCUCCAACAGACCGCCGAUGAAUCAGCAUGCAUGGGACUUGACGAAAAUGAUGAGUUGCUACAACAUUCUAUACGGUAUUACGAGUCCCGGAUAGCACAAAUCAAUGAAAGUAGUAUUGCUUCAGUGAAGGCGAAAAUCACCUCGAUACAGGAACAAAUUUUUCGGGAUGAGCAGUCAGUGCCGUCGAGUGGGAGAACGAAAUUGGCCGCCGCACACGCACGGCAAAUGUCACAAAUGAGAGAUCGGUUCGGUUUGGGCGUGAACGAUUUUAGCAAUCCGCAUGAGAUGGAAAAAUUGAAUUUGUGGUUGAAGCAACAGAAAAGCAAACUGCUCAGCCUGAGAUAUCGUAAUUUGGCCCCAAAGCAACAAGUGACAAUGCCAACCGCUAGUCCCACAAUGACUGUCCGUGAUCUGCGAAUGCGAUUGUUCCCGCUCUGUUCCGUACAGUUUCGGUCUAACAGUAUCAAAGGCAUUCCAACAAAUCGUGAUAUUCAAUAUCAUCAGCAGCAUCAGUAUCGUCAUCAUCAUCAUCGUCCGNUCCGAGUCAUCAUCAUCAUCAACAUCAUCAUUGUCGUACAGUGA